AUGUCGGCGACUACAGCGCCUGAAAAGGCCCCAGAUGAUUCCUCCAAGCUGAAAACGUUCCUUUCUAUCCUUCGAAAGUUUGUCGGCGUGGCAGACAUCGCUUCGGUUCGCUUCUCAUUGCCUGCGCAGCUACUGGAACCGCGACCAAAUCUAGAAUACUGGCAUUACUUAGAUCGACCGGAGACCUUUGCGAGUAUUGGCAAGUCAGAUGAUGAGCUAGGUCGCAUGUUGGAAGUGUUGCGGUUCUGGUUUACCAAGGAUUUGAAAUACAUCAAGGGAAAACCGUGUAAACCAUACAACUCAACAUUGGGCGAAUUUUUCCGAUGCAGUUGGGACGUUAACGACAGUAUUCCCGAAGAAGCAAACCUCCCCGGCGUCGAAGCAGGCAGCAAAGAAACGGAUGGUGACGAAAGGAUCAAAGUGUGCUACCUCACUGAACAGACCUCCCACCACCCCCCAGUCUCGGCCUUCUACAUCGACUGCCCCGAACGAGGAGUCUCAGCGCGCGGCUUUGACCAGAUCAGCGCCAAAUUCACCGGCACCAGCAUCCGUGUGAGCCCCGGCCAGCACAACCUCGGAAUUUUCGUGAAUAUUGAGAAGAGAGAUAACGAGGAAUACCAGUUGACACACCCAGACGCCCACCUCGGGGGGAUAUUGCGCGGAGCGCUUUCAAUCACAGUCGCCGACACAUGCUAUGUCUCCUGCCCGAAAACAGGGUUGAAAGUGAUCCUGCAGUACAUGGAAGAAGGCUGGAUUGGCCGGACACAGAACAAGCUGGAAGGCGUGAUCUUCCGCUAUAACCCCGACAAGGACACCGUCAGUCGACUGAAGGAUGUCCCAGAGGGCGACAUCGUAGCUCGCCUCUCCGGUUCCUGGCAUGGCAAGAUAUAUUUCACUCUGGCAGGCAACAAAGAACCUCGUCUGCUCAUCGAUAUCACUCCGCUUCACCCCGUCACAAAGAGCCUGCCUCCACCCGAAGAUCAGCUGUCCAACGAAUCAUUGAAGUUCUGGUCGGAUGUCACGACCGCAAUCAUCGACAGGCAGUUUAGUCAGGCCACCAAGCUCAAGCAGGAUAUUGAGGAACGGCAACGGCAGCGGGCUGCGGAGCGCAAUGAACAGGGUACUGCGUGGAGCCCGCGUUUCUUCACUGGUGCCGUGACGCCGCUGGGUAGACCAGAGCUUACAGAGGAGGGACAGAAUGUUCUGCAGGGGAUUCGCUCAGGCAAGUUCGCCUUGACCGAAAGUACAGUGCAGGGCGCAUAG